GGAUCCUUUCCCAGCUGUCCUUUUGCCUCAGGGCAAGAUGUUCCAGGGCUGCAGCGCCUGGUUCUCCCAAAGCGUCUGCCCGGACCUCUGCAGCCUUUGGGUUGCUGAAGGAGGAAGGAUCACAACUCAGAAAGCUGCUGAUUACCUUUUUAGCAGCGAUGCUUCCCACCCUGACACCAAAAGAAUACACAAGAGCCUAGAUUAUAUUGAAGACCGAAUUACCGUUUUCCAUUCUUCUUAUCUGACUGCAAUAGCUAACUCUGAAAUGAAACACCCCCCAGUGCCAUUGGGGCAUUUUCUUCUUCCACCGGCUUCUCUGCAUCAAGAAAUUAGAGACAAAAUUGGUUGCUUUAUAUGGGACCAAAUAUCUAAUACACCAAAGCUGCAGAGCGGUCAACCUGAAGUAAACAGCAGGAUUGAAGAAGAAGACAAAACAAGCAAGGAAGGCCUGGAAAGAAGUGAAGACAGUCACGCUCCCAGGGCAUUGGAAACAAAAAAGCAGCCGUACAUUCCGCUCCAAGAUUAUCCAGCAAGUAAUAUGUUGACAGGUUAUGCCUCUGCUAAAGAGUUGAAAAAAUUCCUUGGAGAGAUACGGGAUUUCAUUCCUGGAUUUUCAGGUGAUUUGGCAUACUGGAUUCCAAACGACACGAAUAUCUUCUCUCAAGGGAAAACAAUGCCAAAGUGGAAAUGAUAUCAGCUCCUUUAUUUCUCAUUUUGCAAUUUGAGCCCUACUCUGAAUUUUGCUACUCAAAAGAACAUUAAAAAGGGCUAUUCUCCUAUAGUCAUGUGUAUAUCUAGCUUGACUAAUUUAUAACAUUCCUUUGCCUUAUGCCUCUUACCACU